GCAGAAUCAAAAAAGACAGUUGGGAAGUGUAACAUCACACAUCGAUUCGGCGGCCCCGCGCGCGUCGAGCCCGAAAAAAAACUUUCCUCUUCCGCGUUCCUUGGGCCCCGACCGUGUGCGGUCGCGACGAAGCCGCGCAGCCCGACGUCUAAACGUUUGACGCGCGCGUACGCGUGUGGUGCGGUGAAUAAUACAAGUGACUACGGAGCGACGAAGCGUAUAGCGCGCUGCGCCGAUGGAAACGUGACUGUCCCUCACGGUUGUAUGCGGUGGUUCCUGUCACGGGCAGCGGCAGCAGCCCUCUCGUUCAACCCCCGUUCUGCCGAGGGCCACGUCGCCGACACCGCCGAGGGAGGGAAACUCGGCCUGCCGAUAACGACCGCGGCGGAGGUCACUGCAUUGCGGCUAGCGACGCUGCAGCAAGUACGGCGGCGACUACGGUGAGAUACCGACGUGGAAGACGACAACAGCAGCACGAUCCGCUGUUGCUGCGGCGGGGGUAGUGGGGUUGAAAAUCGGCGCUUGCCCGGAGUCACUCGCUCUUUCUCUGCGACUCUCUCGGCCCCCCUCGCAUCGCUCGCUUGGGCGUCCCACCAGAGAUCUACUGCCCCUAUCUUUCUCCCGUUCCCUACGCACACUGCCCGUCGAGUUUCACCAGCCAUAUCCACGUGCGUGUACGCGCCGCCGGUCACGCGUAAUCGCGCAUACGGACACGGGCAGUUUCAGAGAGAAAAAGAGAGAGAGAGAGCGAGAGAGAAAGAGCAGUGGCAGACAGAGGGAAGAAAGCGCGUAACGUGGUAACGCGCUUGCGCCCGCGGUAGUGCGGAGCGAAGCGCGCGCCGCUUGAUGGGGAGCGCACCACUACCACCACUCGGUGGGGAGCGUGCCAGUUGGUGGGGAGCGCGCGUCACCUGUCGCGACAUCAGUGUGACGGCGAGCGUCAGUGGGCGCGGACGGUUGACACGCGCGCGAUCAUAGUUUCUCCGUGCGAGAGGCGGGUAGUGAAUAACACGACGUGUCGCUCGGUGCUCGAACGGUGCUCGCGCGUGGACGCUUGAACGCGUGAACGCGAGUGCCGCGGGUGCUUGGCAGCUGCUGCUGCUGCUGCUGCUGCUGUUGUUGUUGUUGGCGCUGGCUAGUUGCUAGUUGGUGACUCUUUCUCUCUCUUUCUCUCUUUCGAACGGCGCCGGCGCGCGCGUGCCGCUCGGCAUACGCGUGAAUGUGCCGCUUGGCCGCGGCUGCUGCUACCGCGGGGCGGCCGACCGUCCUCGGUAAGGAGACAUGCGUGCGGCGGGCCGCCGGUGGACGACGACCGUGGAUGCAACGACCGCAACGACGGGGAACAACGACGUGGUCGCGUCGCACGUGACUGCCGCCGCCGCGGCAUCCGCGCACCACCUUCCGGCGCAGUGAGUGUUCGCAACGCGAGAGAAAGUAACGGCGAGAUAGCGGCUUAACCUCGCGCGCGUCGUCGUCGUCGCCGUCGUCGUCGCCGUCGUCGUCGCCGUCGUCGUCGUCGUCGUCGUCGCGCGGGCGUGUCGUUGCUCCAUCGCGCGCGCGGCACAUCGGAGCGCAGUGUGAUACGUACGUACGGUGCGCGUUACGCGUUUCGUUUCGUUCCGUUCCGUUCCGUUCCGUUCUGUUCCGUUCCGUUUCGUUCACCCCUCUGUUCUCGCGUGUGCCGUUCGCGGUGCUUCUCGGUGCUUUUUCCCCUCGGAGGAGACUGCGAGCCCUGGCACCGCGUCAUCGUUGUUGUUGUUAUUGUUGUUGUUGCUCCGUGCGCCGCUGCGACACCAUCGCGUGGAGAAGAUGAGGCGCGCCAGCGUCCGCGUCGCCCCCAGGAUGCAGCCGGGAUUGCUGUUUUGUUGCUGCGUCAUCGCGACCGUCACCCUCACCCUGGCCGCCUGGCAGGAAAACGUCAGGCCGAAGAUGUACGUCCAGCUAGCGCGCGAGGAGCAGCAGCGGCUUGGUUGGCGUCGGUCGGCGAUGGGCAGCGCGACUGCGAAGGGCGGUGCGGAGGAUGUGUUCAGGUUUACGGGAAACGAGACGCACACAGACUACUUUCGGCUGGUGCUCAGGGACGGGAACUAUCUUCUGGUCGGCGGAAGAAAUCUCGUGCAUAAUCUCAGUCUGACCGAUCUGACGGAGCAGCAGAGGCUGACCUGGUACUCGACGGAGAACGACGUGAAGAUGUGCGUCGUCAAAGGCACGCCCGAGGAGAACUGCCAGAACUAUAUUCGCAUCCUGGUGAAGACCGGGUCGAACAACCUCUUCGUGUGCGCCACCAACGCCUUCAAGCCGAUGUGCCGUGAUUACACGGUGCACGCGGGCAACUACACGAUCGUGAAGGAGAAGGGCGGGCAGGCGAGGUGCCCGUACGACCCGCAGCACAACAGCACCUUCGUCUACGUCGACGGUGAACUCUACACCGGCACGGUCGCCGAUUUCGCGGGCAUGGACCCGAUAAUCUAUAGGGAGCCGCUGCAGACCGAGCAGUACGACUCGAUGAGUCUGAACGCACCGAACUUCGUGAGCUCCAUGUCCCAGGGAGACUUCGUCUACUUCUUCUUCAGAGAGACCGCUGUAGAAUAUAUCAAUUGCGGCAAGGCCGUCUACUCUCGCGUGGCGCGAGUCUGUAAAUACGACCGGGGCGGACCGCAUCGUUUCCGUAACAGGUGGACGUCCUUCUUGAAGUCGCGUCUCAAUUGCUCCGUCACCGGGGACUUCCCAUUCUACUUUAAUGAGAUUCAGUCAACGACCGAGCUGAUAUCGGGCCAAUACGGCGGCACGUCGGCCCAGCUCAUUUACGGCACCUUUACGACGCCGGUGAACAGCAUAAGUGGCUCGGCGGUGUGCGCGUUCUCGCUGCAGGACAUAGCCGACACCUUCGCCGGCAAUUUCAAGGAGCAGAGCGCCCUGAACUCCAACUGGCUGCCGGUGCAGGACACGAAGGUGCCGGACCCGCGGCCAGGCCAAUGCACCAACGACUCGCGCACACUGCCGGAUCUGACGCUCAACUUCAUCAACACGCACUCGCUGAUGGACGAGUCGGUGCCGAGCUUUUUCGGCCAGCCGAUCGUUAUACGCACCAGUUUCCAUUACAGAUUCACUCAGAUUGCCGUGGAUCCUCAAGUGAAGACUCCGGGUGGCAAAACCUACGACGUCCUUUUCAUCGGCACGGACAAUGGCAAGGUGAUCAAGGCGGUGAACGCCGAGUCCGCCGAUUCUCAUCAAAAAGUCAGUCCUGUCGUGAUCGAGGAGAUACAAGCGUUCCCGCCGACCGUACCGGUUCGUGGGAUUAAAGUGGUCCGAGCCUCGCAGGCGGGCGACGGCCUCGAGGACGGUCGAUUGGUCGUCAUCGCCGACAGUCAGGUGCAGGCGCUGAGACUUCAUCGCUGCUACAGCGACAGGAUACUGUCGUGCAGCGAGUGCGUGGCUCUGCAAGAUCCGUACUGCGCCUGGGACAAGGUGGAGAACAAGUGCAGAGCGUUGGUCGGUCCGGCGUCGACGGAUGCCAGCAGGUUCCUGCAGAGCGUCGCGACCGGCAUGCACGCGUCCUGCCCGGCGAGCAAGAGCCUUAACAAGGACGCCGGUAGCGUCGGCGCUAUCUCCGCCAAUCAAAACAAGUUCCCGCAGGACUCUAUACCGAAUAAGGACAGCCCUGGCGGCGAAAUCAUCAAUAUCAUGCAGGACGAAGAACAGGGCAAUUCAGGUCCGGAAGUAUCUGCGGCUGACACGCCUCCUCCACAAUACUCGGUGGAGACUCUGGUGAUGGCCGUGGUAGCGGGUGCGCUAGCCGCAUUGUUCGUUGGCUUCGUAGCCGGUUAUUUGUGCGGCAGAAAGUGCAGGAAAGACGAGGACGACAAUCUACCAUAUCCGGACACAGAGUACGAAUAUUUUGAGCAACGCCAAAACGUGAACAGUAAUGUCUGCUUAUCCACAUUCAGCAGGCUGGCGCCCGAGCCGAAACUGCUGCCGCAGGAGGAGGUGACCUACGCGGAGCCGGUGUUAGUUCCACAACCACCGAAACUUCAGUCCCCGAAAGGUACCAUGAGGAAACCACCGCCAACGCCUACGGAGACCCUCUUUCAGUUCCCAGACGGCUACGGUUUCCGCGGAGGUCCCCGCGGCGACAACUUCGGCACCCUUCGCUCUCAUCAGGGUGACGCGUAUCGUCGCAAUGACGGCUUUGCGACCACGCGCAGCGUUAAGAAGGUUUAUCUCUGAGAAACGAGCGAGGAGGGGGGUGGCCGUCACCGGAGCCUAGGACGGCCAGCGCGCAAUCGCCACAACGCGACAACGGGCAGCAGGAGUAGUCGCGCUGUGACGUCCGGGGGACAGUCAAAUCGUGAGCUCGCCGGCCCGAGGGCACUGGAAUCGCCUUCGCCAUCGUCGAGCGUAUCAUCGAGUUCCCCGUCCCCUCCCUCCUCGUCACCCUCGCCCACCCUCGUACCGAUCGCCAUGAGCGGCCAACAGCCACCACCGCCGCCAACGCCACCCUGCAGCUUCAUCUAUCGAUCAUAGUCGUCACCGUCGUCGUCAUCGUCGUCGCCAUCAUCGUCAUCGUCAUCGUCGUCAUCGCCGUCGCCAUCACGAUCGCUGUCAUACUUUGCUUUCAGCUUGGCGACGCGAGGGGAUGAGAGAGUGAGAGAACGAGCGCGCUCUACAGCUCUAGCGCGUUAUUCCAAAAUGUAUAAAGUGACUAAUCGAGAGGAGAGUCCAGGCCAGAGAUCUCGCAGUACUUCGAUGGAUGCCGCGAUACUUUACUUUCUUGCCUUCAAUCCUGAAUCCUCUUAUUUCGCGCGGGACUUUCAUUUCGACACUGAUAUUGCUUUGGUCACAAUGAAAAAUUAGGAUAACAGACUUUUACGUCGAUCGAGUCUAGACGUUAUCAUUUGUUUGCAUAACAGGAAUCGAUCAAGAAAUUUUCUAAAUCGUUAAAUCGAUUAUCCGUCACGAGCAUUGGGAAACGUCGAGUCAAGUAGCUGUGCGUAGAGCAGUUUGUUUGCAGGUUAUCUAUUCGCGAAUCAUCGCAGCGUCAUAAUGUAGCAUUUCGUAAUCCUCGUAGGAACGACAUUCCAGCCAGAAGCGUUUCGAUAGGCGUUACGAUGAUCAUUAGCCCGUUUUAUCCAUGCAUAUUGAAGAAUAAAUAAGGCGAACGCAAACAUUUUAGCGAUUGUCGGCUAUCGUAGAUUUUUAGCUCUAAUCUGCAAAAGAAUGAGCAUACAGAAUACAGAAAAACGAGAGAGAUUCUACGAUUAUCGAUGCUCGAACUGUAAACUCGAGUGAACUUUGGUGAUUAGGCUCGAUUGACAAAAUAGUGCAAACGUUACGCGAUGGUUCGCAAGAAAAUGUCGUAAUCUCCACUAUUUUAUUAAUUGACAAUUAGUAUCGAGGUCGGUAUAUUGUAAAGCUAACACAGCAUAGUAUUACGACAAGGCUUUUUUCAUAAAGUCAAUUAAAAGGAGACUAUCCGCAAAUUCGAAACACGCAAUUUUUCUAACGUUGUAAUAUUUAAUACGAGUGAUUGAUAGUGCCAUUAUAGACCACGUAACACUGCUGCGUGCCUCGAAAUUGAAGACGAUCGUGAUGAUCGACAUUGUUGGCCGAAUGUUUUUCGCGAUUGACCAAAUGGAUCAUGUGAAAUGCAUUUUUAAUUAAGUGUACAUAGUAACGUCUCUAUGUAUUUUACAUUCAUAUUUUUAUUUGUUUUGUCUCAAUUCUUUUAUAAUUUUUUAUUUUUUUUUAAAUAUAUUAUAAAUAGUAUAAAAAAUUUAUUUACACCACGUGAAGAUUGUUGGAUUCAAAGAGUUACUUGAAAAAUAAUAACAUUAAAAAAUUUUAUUGUAAAAUAAAAUUGUCCGCAAUUUUAAUGUAAUUUACACAUUUUAAUGUGUUUUUAAUAUUUUGAUGAAAUGUAAAUCUUAGCCAGUGAUAUUUUAUUAUCACGUUUUGCAAAAAUUUAAAUUAUGCAUAAAAUUGUGGAGAUUGCUAUAUUGCAUGAUUUAAGAAUGCGUUAAUUGACGUAUCCAUGCAGUAGCUAAUUAACCGAGAUUACAUUGCUAUUGUUCAUAGGAUACGUUAAAAUACUCGUUCGAGACGAUAUUACUUUCUAGUUUCUUGUAUGCGAAUGUCGGUUCUAGUUCUUGUGUAUGCUUCGGAGACGCGUGUUCUCGACGCCUGCACAUAUACGUAAUAGAGAGUGAAGAAAGCGAGAGAGAGAGAGCGGGAGGAAAGGUGAGAUGCACUGCGCUUAUAUGUACAUAAUACAUAUAUACAAAAGCAUAUACAUCAGUUAGGGGUUACAAAGACAGGAGGUUUGGAAAC